GGUCCAUUCGAAUUCAGCCAACACCAUCAGCUGAUACUGCUACAAGGCAACUCAUUUGUAGCAUGCUUUGCUGCAGUGGGCUGCCACCUGGUUGCAGCCCACAGCAUGGUGCAACAUGGUCUCCUCCAGCAAGCAGCCUGCCACCUGGACCAUGCUCCUUGGUCCAUUUGAAUCCAGCCAACCCCUUGCUUAGCUUGCUGCCACAAGGCAGCCCUUGCAGCUCUACUGCAAGCAUCAACUGCACCAUUGAGGCCCAGCAAGUUUCCUACCAUUUGUCCAAGUCCUGCAGGCAAGGCAGAACACCACUCUGCCCACUGUAG